AUGUCGGGGAAAGGUCGCAAGAUUUUGGUUGCUGUUGAUGAAGGCGAAGAGAGCGCUUAUGCACUGUCAUGGUGCCUCAAGAAUUUGCUCACGGGCAAUCCCAAUUACGAAAAUACCCUCAUCCUCCUCUAUGCCAAGCAACCCUCGGCUGCCGCCUACAUGCCCAUGGACUCCGCUGGCUACAUGUCGUCUUCUAGCAUAAUUUCUACCAUGGAGAGGUACAGCAACCAGGUGGCCAAGACAGUUAUGGACAGAGCUAAAAGAAUUUGCGAUGAAAUUAAUGCUCAAGUGAGGGUGGAGACGAUGGUGGAGUACGGCGACCCGAGGGAUGUGAUAUGUGAGGCGGCCGACAAAUUGAAGGUCGACUUUUUGAUUAUGGGAAGCCGUGGCUAUGGUGUUAUUAAGAGGGCACUUCUUGGAAGUGUGAGUACCCACUGCGCUCACAACGUGAACUGCCCGGUUAUGAUUGUGAAGAAGCCAAUUAAGCCCUAA